GUGCAGUGCAACACGAAUUGGGGUUGGUUUCAUUUUAUACAUUCUCUUUAUUUUUUUCUUUUCUUUUCGUUUUUCCUCCCUUUUUUUACUCUGACUUUGUACUUUUGUGUCGCCAUUUUUAUCAUUCGUGCCGUGGAGAGAAAAAAAGAAAGAAGAAAGAAGAAAGAGCUGAGAAUUUAGGAAAAUGGGAAGGGUGUUUGCAAUUACCCUCGAAGGCUUGAUCUACAGAUGCAAGCACUGUGGAACUCAUCUUGCUCUCAGCGACGACAUCGUUUCAAAGUCUUUCCACUCCAGACAUGGGAAGGCUUAUCUCUUCAGUAAGGUAGUAAAUGUAACUUACGGGGAGAAAGAGGAGAGGUUGAUGAUGACUGGAUCACACAUAGUGGUGGAUAUAUUCUGUGUUCGAUGUGGUUCAAUUGUUGGAUGGAAAUAUGAAGUUGCUCAUGAAAAGAGUCAAAAGUACAAGGAAGGGAAAUCAGUUCUCGAAAGGUUUAAGAUCUCCGGGCCAAAUGGAAGCAGCUAUUGGGCAAGCCAUGAAGAAAAUAUUGGUGGAAAUGAUGACAGUGAUGACAUUGGAUUUUAACCUUUAAAUUCAAGAAGAAAAAAAAAAUUAAGAGAAACAAGUUAAAGGAAAAAAAAUGGAAAAAGAAAAAGCCAUCAUCUCCAAUUGUACGUUCUUCACUUCUUCUUUCUAAUGCUUUCCUUCAACUGCAGCUCAUGUUAUAAUAUCAUGUUUCAGUUUCACUUCAUUGUACAUAUGUCAAAACUUGAUUGGGGGCCUUAUCUGCUCCUUCAAACACUGAUUCUAGUCUGUUCUUCAAAGAUUGAACACAUUCUUGCUUUUCUAGUCUUUGUCUUUUGAUUCGUUUUGUUUGAAAAUGGCUUUGUGUUUGACGUAUAUCACAUAAAUGUCUAGCAUGCGGUUUAUUUGCAGCUAACAUUUUUGUGAUUGUGCAGGUCUUACCCGUUUGCAUGGAUUUAGGGUAAAUCGACACCUUCAAUUUUUAUAAAAUUUGAGAUAGUAGAACUCUCCCAAAUCAAUAGGUGAAAAUAUUUGGUGUUUGAUCUGACAUUUUGAAUGAAUAUCUUUUUUUUUUUUUCUAAUAAGCUUUAUCAUGGUGUUGUCUGGUAAAAAUUUUCAAUUAGCUCAUGAUAGCUAGCCAUGUCUAAAAAUAAUAAUUCCAAUCAAUUCAAAUUAUCAAAUGCUAUAUGAUUAUGAGUAUGGCAUUAUAUGCAUUUUUUUUGUACAAAAAACUAUUACUAUCU